CUAUCUGCAACCCAUACCCCUCGAAAGCCGAAGAAAUACUGCAGUACGGUCGGCGCCGGGCCGCCGCCAGGGCUCAACUCUCGCGAGAACUCUCUGGGCCACCCUCGCACCUUCUCGGGCUGCACGGGUGAUUGGGAGGAAGUUCCGGAGAGCCGCUGCGCGCAAACGCGACACGCCAACCUUGCGCCAGCGCGCCGCAAGUGCGCAGGCGCCGCCGCUCGCCUGGUCUUCCUCGUCCCUCUGCCUACAUCUGGCUGUCGGGUCCUAUGUCGCGCCGGGCCCUCCGGAGGCUGAGGGGGGAACAGCGCGGCCAGGAACCCCUAGGGCCCGACGCCUUGCAGUUUGUCCUCCCAGAUGACGAUGACGCGGAGGAAGAGGGACCAAAACAAGGAUCGGGUGGCCGGCGCCCCGGGGGCGCCGGGAAGGAAGGAGUCCGUGUCAACAACCGGUUCGAGCUGAUAAACAUCGAAGAUCUUGAGGAUGACCUUGUGGUAAAUGGGGAGAGGUCUGACUGUGCCCUGCCAGACUCUGUGUCAUCAGGGAACAAAGGAAGGGCUCAGCGUGGAAACCCAGAGGCGAAGCAAGAUGAGGACGAGGCCAAGGCAGGGUUCCCAGAACAGUCUAAUGCAAGUGGCAAACUCCGAAAGAAGAAAAAGAAGCAGAAAAAUAAGAAAAGCUGCACAGGAGAAUCCUCGGAAAAUGGGCUAGAAGAUAUUGAUCGUAUCUUAGAGAGGAUCGAAGACAGCAGCGGGUUCAGCCACCCGGGCCCCCCUCCACUAAACUCCAGGAAGCACGUCCUGUAUGUGGAGCACAGGCACUUGAAUCCAGAUACGGAACUGAAAAGGUAUUUUGGUGCUCGAGCGGUCCUGGGAGAACAACGGCCUCGACAAAGACAGCGUGUAUAUCCUAAGUGCACAUGGCUGACAACCCCUAAGAGCACUUGGCCGCGAUACAGCAAACCCGGUCUAUCAAUGCGGCUGCUGGAAUCCAAGAAAGGCCUUUCUUUCUUUGCAUUUGAGCAUAACGAGGAGUACCAGCAAGCACAGCACAAGUUCCUGGUGGCUGUGGAGUCCAUGGAGCCAAACAACAUUGUGGUUCUGCUCCAGACAAGUCCCUAUCAUGUCGACUCACUCCUGCAGCUCAGUGACGCCUGCCGCUUUCAGGAGGAUCAGGAAAUGGCUCGAGACCUUAUAGAGAGAGCACUGUACAGCAUGGAGUGUGCAUUCCACCCCUUGUUCAGUCUCACCAGUGGGACUUGCAGGCUGGAUUACCGCAGACCUGAGAACAGGAGCUUCUAUCUGGCCCUCUACAAGCAGAUGAGUUUCUUGGAGAAGCGAGGAUGCCCACGUACUGCGCUAGAGUACUGCAAGCUCAUCCUGAGCCUUGAGCCAGAUGAGGACCCCCUGUGCAUGCUGCUGCUUAUUGACCACCUGGCCUUACGGGCCCGGAACUAUGAGUACCUGAUCCACCUCUUCCAGGAGUGGGAGGCUCAUCGGAACCUGUCCCAGCUCCCAAACUUUGCCUUCUCAGUUCCACUGGCAUAUUUCCUUCUGAGUCAGCAAACAGACCUACCUGAGCAUGAGCUCACCUCUGCCAGGCAACAGGCUUCCCUCCUGAUACAGCAGGCGCUUACCAUGUUCCCUGGAGCUCUUAUGCCAUUGCUGGAGUGUUGCAGUGUGCGACCUGAUGCAACAGUCGCAAACCACCGCUUCUUUGGGCCAGAUGCUGAGAUAAGCCAGCCGCCCGCCCUGAGUCAGCUGGUGAGUCUGUACCUUGGGAGGUCACACUUUCUUUGGAAAGAUCCCACCACUAUGAGCUGGCUGGAGGAAAAUGUCCGUGCGGUUCUGCAGGCAGUGGAUGCUGGGGACCCUGCUGUGGAGGCCUGUGAGAAUAGGCGGAAGGUGCUGUACCAGCGUGCACCCAGAAACAUCCACCGCCAUGUGAUACUCUCUGAGAUCAAGGAGGCUGUUGCUGCCCUACCCUCGGACGUGACCACACAGUCUGUGAUGGGAUUUGAUCCUCUGCCGCCCCUGGACACCAUCUACUCGUACGUCAGACCAGAGAGGCUGAGUCCAGUCAGCCAUGGAAACACAAUUGCCCUCUUCUUCCGGUCUUUAUUGCCAAAUUACACCACAGAGGAGAGGCUGGAGGAAGGAGUGGCCGGGGGUCCGAACCGCAAUCAAGGCUUGAUCAGGCUGAUGUUGGCCUUACGUGACAUGAUGGCCAACUUCCACUUCAACGACCUGGAGGUGCCUCGGGAGGACAAUCCUGAGGGCGAGGGGGACUGGGACUGACUGUCCAGACGCUGUGCCCCAGAGCUGUGCAAUUAUGUUCCUGAUUCUUUUCUGGUUGGAUUAACCAGUUCCCUGAAGUAGAAAUGCUGACCAUGUCAUCUGCCCGUGUCUUUUGUUUUCCCUCUAAAUGUGAGUGGGUUAUGCUCUGCUGUGAGUGAGCUUUUCCUCCAGUGCCCUCAAACAUAGCCCGGGAGCAGUGAGCCCCACACCGUACACACCCUGCUGUGUGCCUCACACUUCCAGAGUUUGUAACUUAAUGCAUAGAAAAAGGGGUUAUCUCAGAGUCUUCAGUGCAAGGAUCCCCCCAUGCUCCUUGCUAGAGAUCACUGAACGUUCCACACAUGCUAUACCCAGCAUGUUUGCAGUGGUGGGGAUCAACCCAGGGCCUGGCACAUGAUCUACCAUUGAAUGAUAGUCCCAGCCUAGGGAUUUUAUUAGUAAAUUUGGAAGGCUGGAGAUGUGCCUCAGUUGGUAGCCUGCUUGUUUAGCUUGCAGAGAGUUCCGGAUUCGAUCCCCAGCACAACACAAACCAGGUGUGGUAGUGCUCAUCUGUCAUCUCAGUACUCAAGAGGUAGAGAGAGGGACAAGAGAUUUAGGAGUUUAAGAUCCUCUGCUACAUAACGAGUUCAAAGCCAGGCUUAGUUACAUGAGACCCCAUCUCAAAAGAGAGGUUUGUGGCAUGGGACACCCAGAAUUGAAAGAGAUGCCAAGAAGCAGCUUUGAGGCAGAAAACUUUCUUAGGCAGAUCAGGGAUGCUUUACAGAGGUUAAAGGGUGUUUGGUCUAGCUGGGGAUGAGUAAGGAGCCCUGACCAAGAACCCCCCCAGUCCAGUGGCAGGAACAGAGCCCCACAGCCAGGCAAGGCCAGAGGUUUGUGUCUGAUUGUACAAAGAUCCAGGCUACUGAGAUGUUAUAAGCUGUGUCAGGUUUCUCUUGGGCAGCCCUGCCCAUCUGUGCCUAUACAGAGCCUGGGGGAGGUACUACCAUGGUCUCUAGUCUGAGAAAUGACGAAUGAGGUCCAUUCUAAGUUUUGGUCCAUUGAUUUCUUCCUAGAAGUUCAGACAUUGUUUCAGACAUCACUGGAUGCAUCUGGUAUGGACUAGGUACAAAUAAAGCGUGUUUCAGGGAUGUCCCAAGGGCCGUUUAAGUGGCUCAGUGAGUAAAGGAACUUGCUGCCAAGCCUGCUAACCUGUGUUCAAUCCCCAGGAUCCAUAUGGUGGAUGGAGAGAGCUAACUCCUAUAGGUUGUCCUCUGACCUCCACGCAUACCUUGUGGCAUGUGCACGCCUAUACAAACACCAAAUUAAUGAAAAGGGGCCUCAUGGUGGUAAAAAGUACUUACUGUGCUCGGGGCUUUUGCCGAGGCCCAGGUCACUGUCCCCUCAACAGGACAUUGAGGACUGACUUGUAUCCAUCUAUAGUCAGCCUAAGUGUCACACCUACUUCUAAGUCAGUCAUUUGCAAGGGUUCUGUGUUCAACAUACGUGCCUGGUGAGAAGUUACGUGUCACAUGAAUUGGUGCUGCAUCUCUGUUUUCUCUCCAGCAUGAAUUGGCAAGGCCAUGAAGUCUGGAUACAGGUUCUACUACUUGUGCCCAUGGGUCAGCAGGGGGCUGGGGAGGGCAGGCCUGGGGGGCAUAGCCCCCAUCAGUUGCCUCACCUACUCCUGGGUUUGGUGGGAGAUCUACACCCAGUCCCAGAGAGGGGUACUGUUGAGAUGGUCCUAAUUCAGUGUCUGGAUCCCAGUUGAAGUUGGAGUGGCCUGUGGUAAGUUUCAGCUAAGGGGAGGAGGGACUGGCUAGGAAUGGGUUUGUUUUCUGGAAAUGACAAGCAAGCACAGAAAACCUGGCAUCCUGCCUCUUCCUUUCAGCAGCUGUAAGUCCAUCCAGAUGAGGACAUGGCAUCUGGAGCUGCAGCAGCUAUUCUACAACCACGAGGCAAUGAACUCCACAGUGAAGAGCCAGUGUUCUAGGAACAGUGAAGCAGAGGAUGCCCUAGGCCUUCAGGAGCUUCCCACCUCCAGGCCUGGAUCCUGAGAGGCCAUUAAAUGAUCGGCUUCAGAAUGUUGCUCAGACUUAAUUUCCAACUGAAUCCAUUUCUAAUGGUGAUAAAUAAAAACCAGUCAUUUACGUCA